CAACGCAAGACAACGGAAGCUAGUAAGCACGAUGCUAACUGUCGCGUCGAAAAAUAGUCGCUGAAAGUCUAAAGGAAGAGAAUAUUAUCGCCACAAAACAUGGCUGCCAACCCUGCAUGACUACUGUACCUCACAAGUGGCCUUUCGCACUUGACGUACUCAAGAAACAGUACGAUGCUCUUCCGUAUCAACGCCUUCUCGAGUUCCAAACUCCUUACAUAACUGCUGCCCCUACCAUUCGUGUGACUGUCUUAGGCGAUGGAUACAUCGUAACUGACCCGGUUAACCUGAAUACAAUUCUCGACACGAAUUUCGAUGACUUCGGGCUAGGCUCUCGCCGGAUAGGUUUACUUCCUCUACUUGGAGAAGGAAUUUUCACCCAAGACGGCCUUUCGUGGAAGCAUUCGAGAGAACUGCUCCGUCGACAAUUUGCACGAAUCCGUGAGCGUGGUAUUGCCGCUCUGACUCCUCAUGCAGACAAGUUGCUCGAAGCCAUUUCACGCGAAGCCGAAACAUCUAUUGACAGUAUAGUCGACUUGCAGCCGCAUUUUUUUGAGUUCACCCUUGCUACAACAACAGAUCUACUCUUUGGUGAACCACACAGUAGUCUUCCCAAAGCUGACCGCGACUCGCUGCGGGACAACUUUGACUAUGCGAGUCUGGUUUCGGCAAUCCGGCUUAGGCUUGCAGACCUCGCGUGGAUAUAUACACCGUCCAAGUUCCGACAAGGGUGUCGUGUAGUUCAAGAUUGGGCAUCAUUUUUUGCCAAUAAAGCCAUUGACUUCUACGAGGAGAACGGCGAGGAAGCCGCUCGGGAGAGGUACUCAUUCAUCAUCGACUUGUGGCUCGACACACGUGAUAGAGCCAUUGUGCGAGAUCAACUACUGCAUGUGCUAAUCGCUGGACGCGACACUACUGCAUGCCUACUUAGCUGGACAUUCUUCCACCUCGUUCGCAAUCCUCAUCUGAUAGAACGCCUCAAGGUCGAGAUAUUUCAGAAUAUUCCCCCUGACACUUCGGAGAUCACUCGCCACCACAUCCAACAGCUAUCAUUUCUGAGGUGCUGCUUCAAUGAGUCCCUUCGACUGUAUCCCCAGCUACCAGUCAAUGUUCGUUUCGCCACUCGGACGACGGUGCUCCCAAGGGGAGGCGGACCAGAUGGAAAUGCGCCUCUCCUUCUGCGUAAAGGCAACGGAGUAGGCUGGUCUUUGUACCAUUUGCAUCGACGAGAAGAACUGUAUGGCUCCGACGCUCGAGUUUACAGGCCAGAACGUUGGGAGAGUGGGGACUUGGUCAAGAAGGUCGGCGUGGGUGCCGGAUUUGUGGACUUUCAUGGCGGGCCAAGACUGUGUCUGGGCAAGGAUUAUGCGCUCCAGGAAGCCAGCGUAGCCGUUGUGAGGAUCUUGCAAAAAUAUCCUAACAUUCGGCUGCCGCCAGGCGUCCCAAAUGAACCCGUGGGGGCUGAAAAGCAGAAUCUCACAAUCACCCUGUCCAGCGCAGAGGGCACCAAGGUGCUUUUGCACUGAUCGAUUGUUCUACGUCGGGUACAUUAUGUCUCAGAAGUCUUGCUGGCCUCAUGUAAUUCAAGGGCUGCAUAGUCCUGCUAUAUGCACGCUGCAUUGAUUUUGCACACUUCAGUGGACGGAAGUCACAAGUCUGGGGGCUGAGUGUACAACACCAAGGAGUUUCUCCUACGCAGAGAAGUCUGGCAAGUUUGUGUUGAUGACCACCCAGUGCUCUGCAGCACUUCGUGAGAACUGGCCAUAAAGCGACUGAUAUUGCACACUGUGCUCAAAAGGCUACAUAUUGAUACUGCCCAGGCGCUAAUCAUUGUCCAAUAAGAUAUAUGUGAUAGACGCUGUGCUGUCUUUUCUGG